AUGUAUAAGUGUCUUGUAAGAUCGUUUAUCCCGUAUACAUUUCAUUCGAGCGCACGAAAACCGUAUAAAUUUAGUUUUGUGCACAUAAAUACGCAAUUACGACCUCUAGCACUUAAGAGUCACAUUAUGAGCAGCGAUCAGCAAUUGCCUCCUGUGGAUCCCAAAACUGGGGAAAUCAUAAUUAACCCUUUGAAGGAAGAUGGUUCUGAAAAGACACCAAAGGAAAUCGAGAAGGAAAGAAAGAAGGCUGAAAAACUAUUGAAGUUCGCAGCCAAGCAAGCCAAGAAGGCCCAAGCUGCGAGUAAGCAGGCUGCUGCCCCAAAGAAGGAGAAGAAGAAGAAGGAAGCCGAGCCUAUUCCUGAAUUUGUCGACAAGACCGUUCCAGGUGAAAAGAAGAUUCUCGCCUCUCUGGACGACCCGGCGUUGAAGGCUUACAACCCAGCCAAUGUGGAAAGCUCCUGGUACGAUUGGUGGAUCAAGAGCGGCUUCUUCGAGCCAGAGUUUACUGAAGAUGGAAAGGUCAAGCCAGCAGGGCUGUUUUCUAUUCCGGCACCACCUCCAAAUGUCACUGGUGCCUUGCAUAUCGGUCACGCCUUGACAAUUUCUAUCCAGGACUCAUUAAUAAGAUACAACAGAAUGAAAGGCAAAACUGUGCUCUUUUUACCAGGUUUCGACCACGCUGGUAUUGCUACUCAAUCAGUUGUUGAGAAGCAAGUUUGGGCCAAGGAAAAGAAAACUAGACACGACUAUGGGAGAGAAGCAUUCAUUGAAAAGGUAUGGCAGUGGAAAGAUGAAUAUCACAACAGAAUCAAAUGCCAAAUUCAAAAACUGGGUGCUUCUUAUGAUUGGAGCCGUGAAGCCUUUACCUUGAGUCCAGAACUUUCCAAGUCAGUGACUGAAGCCUUCGUGAGAUUGCACGAAGACGGCACUAUCUACCGUGCGUCUAGAUUGGUUAACUGGUGUGUCAAGUUGAACACAGCUAUUUCUAACUUGGAAGUCGAAAAUAAAGACAUCAAGGGAAGAACCCUAUUGUCUAUUCCGGGUUACGAUGAAAAGGUUGAGUUUGGUGUUUUGACUUCUUACUCUUACCCAGUUAUUGGAUCAGACGACAGAAUUACUGUUGCCACUACUAGACCUGAAACUAUGUUUGGUGAUACCGCAAUCGCCGUUCACCCUGAUGAUUCCCGUUACAAGCAUUUACACGGAAAAUUUGCUCAACAUCCUUUCCUUGAGAGGAAAAUUCCAAUUGUUUGUGAUGCCGAGGCUGUAGAUAUGGAAUUCGGUACCGGUGCUGUUAAAAUUACUCCAGCGCACGAUCAAAACGAUUACAACACCGGUAAACGUCACAAUCUAGAAUUUAUAAAUAUCUUUACCGAUGACGGUUUACUAAACGAGAACUGUGGACCUGAAUGGGCGGGAGUAAAGAGAUUUGAUGCGAGAAAAAAAGUCAUCGAAGAACUCCAAAAGCUAGGUCUCUACGGUGGUCAAGAAGACAAUGAAAUGACUAUCCCAACUUGUUCCAGAUCGGGUGACGUUAUUGAACCAUUGCUGAAGCCUCAAUGGUGGGUCGCUCAAGGAGAUAUGGCUAAAGAAGCUAUCAAGGCCGUCAAGGAAGGUAAGAUCACUAUCACCCCUAAGUCAUCUGAGGAGGAGUACUUCCGCUGGCUUGAAAAUAUUCAAGAUUGGUGUAUUUCCAGACAAUUAUGGUGGGGUCAUCGUUGUCCCGUCUAUUUCGUAGACAUCGAGGGGCAAGAGAAUGAUAAAAACGAUGGUGAGUUUUGGGUUUCUGGUAGAAACUUGGAAGAGGCCGAAGCCAAGGCUGCGAAGAAAUUCCCUAAUGUUAAGUACACUUUGGAGCAAGAUGAGGAUGUUUUAGACACUUGGUUCUCCUCUGGUUUGUGGCCUUUCUCUACCCUAGGUUGGCCCGAGAAGACUAAGGACCUCGAGAACUUUGCUCCAUUCUCUAUGUUAGAGACUGGUUGGGAUAUUCUUUUCUUCUGGGUUUCCAGAAUGAUUCUAUUGGGCCUAAAGUUAACCGGCGAAAUUCCAUUCAAGGAGGUUUUCUGUCACUCUCUUGUCCGUGAUGCUCAAGGUAGAAAAAUGUCUAAAUCCUUGGGUAACGUCGUUGAUCCUCUAGACGUUGUCAGUGGUAUUAGGCUUGAAGAUCUACAUGCUAAACUCUUGGGUGGUAACUUGGAUCCAAGAGAAAUCGAGAAGGCAAAGGCUGGUCAGAAAGAAUCUUAUCCAAACGGUAUCCCACAGUGUGGUACUGAUGCCUUGAGAUUCGCUUUAUGUGCCUACACUACUGGUGGUCGUGAUAUUAAUUUGGAUAUUCUAAGAGUGGAGGGCUACAGAAAGUUCUGUAACAAGAUUUACCAAGCAACCAAAUUUGCUUUGAUGCGUCUAGGCGAGGAUUACACGCCUCCUGCAAAGGAAACACUUUCUGGCAAUGAAUCUUUAGUUGAGCAAUGGAUCUUGCACAAACUGACUCACUACGCCAAGUCAAUCAAUGAAGCGUUCGAGAAACGUGACUUCUUAACAGCUACAAGUGAUAUCUAUGAGUUCUGGUACUUGAUUUGUGAUGUAUACAUUGAGAAUUCGAAGUACCUGAUCAACGAAGGAUCUGACAUUGAGAAGAAGUCUGCCAAGGAUACCCUUUACGUUCUUUUGGAUAACGCAUUGAGAUUGAUCCACCCAUUCAUGCCAUUUAUCACUGAAGAAAUGUGGCAAAGAUUACCAAAGAACUCGUCUGCUGUUGAGUCCAUCGUCAAGGCCUCUUUCCCUACCUAUAGAAGUGAUUUCGACAACGAAAAAGCUGCUCUCGACUACGAGUUGGUUUUGGACAUUACCAAGGAGGCUCGUUCAUUGUUGGCGCAAUAUAACAUCUUGAAGAAUGGUAAAGUUUUCAUCGAAUCUGGUAAUGAGCACUAUUUCGAAACCUCUGUUUCUCAAAGAGACUCCAUUGUUUCAUUAAUCAAAGCCAUUGAUGAGGUAACAGUUGUUAAGUCGGCCUCUGAAGUUCCAGAGGGUGCUGUCUUGCAAGCCGUGACACCUGAAGUCAAUGUCCACGUGUUGGUCAAGGGACAUGUUGACAUUGAAGCAGAAAUCUCAAAAACUAAGAAGAAGUUGGAAAAGACCUUAAAGACCAAGGAAGGUAUCGAAAAAAUCAUGAAAAGUAAGGAUUACGAAGCCAAAGCCAAUGAACAGGCAAAAGAAUUAACUAUGACUAGACUAGAGAACACUGUCGCUGAAAUCGAAGGUUUGGAAGCCACCAUUUCGAACUUGGAACGUUUACAAUUGUGA